AUGAGCGAACAACUUAAAAUCCUCUACUGGAAUUACCAAGGACUGGGCAACAAAAAAUCAGAACUCCUCAAUUUCAUAAGACAACAUAAAAUCCACAUCAUCCUACUCAGCGAAACCUACCUCAAACGCACAGCGUCAUUCAAACUCCCAAAUUACCACAUUUACAGAAAUUAUCGACCUACUCCUUCCGGCCAGACAAGAAGCGCCAGAGGCACAGCGAUCCUAGUAGCCAACAAGCUCGUUCACUACGAAGUCCCUAUCCAGACAAACUCUCUGAAAAACACUACCAUCCACAUCCAGAUAAACAACCGAGAGACCAGACUCUCGGCGAUUUACAAAAGGCCUAUAAAUGCACUUAUGCCAUCUGACGUGGACAACCUCCUAGACACUGACCUUCCGACAAUUCUCGCGGGUGAUAUGAACGCUAAACACCCUUUUUGGAACAGCCGAAGAACAAAUGCUGCUGGCCUGAUACUAAUCAACCACAUGGAGGAGAAUGACUACCUCAUUGUUGCACCAGAUACCCCGACCAGCGCCAACAUCAACCUGACGUCCUAG